UCCAAAGACUUCGAGAGCUCGGAAUUCAGAUGUUUCAGUCUCGGUUUUACUAAAUCAGAAAAUAUAAAUAAUUAAAUUAAAAAUCCCUUGACAACUGUCAGCUUUCAAAUUGUUUGAUCCACAAAUUAUUCGAGCGUGUGACGACAAUGACAUUUUAAACUAUUCUUCACGCGUUAUAUUCGAUAUUAAAAAAUUACAUCAUCCGUUCUGAAUUUGACUGACAACAAAUAAGAAAUAAAGAAAAUGGGAAACACAUUGACAUCAGCAACAGUGUUAGCAGUGGAUUCAAUUGCUCAAGUACCUCAAUCAAACACUGGCAAGUCUUCUCAUCCUCAUAUUCACAAGACAUUUGAGGGUACACCUCCUCCGGAAUGUCCAAUGCAUCAGAAGGCUGCAGAGCAGCCCCAGAAAUUCGUUAGUGAGUGUCCAAUAGAUCACAUGGACCCCAACGAAAUCAAUCCUUUGAAUAUGAUGCCUGCGGGCAAUCAAAAUCCCGCCCCAGACCAACCUUUCAAGCUACCAACAGACCGUCAAGUGUCUUCGAUUCCCAAGGCUACUGGGGAGGACGAGUUCUGGGUUUAUCCGUCCCAGCAGAUGUUCUGGAAUGCAAUGUUGAGGAAGGGAUGGCGGUGGAGGGAUGAAGACGUCAAGCCCAAGGACAUGGAGGAUAUUAUUAAGAUUCAUAAUGCUAACAACGAACAGGCCUGGCAGGAGGUCCUAAAGUGGGAGGCUCUUCAUGCCAGGGAGUGUGGAGAACCAAAGUUGAAGAGCUUUGGGGGCAAAGCCAAGGACUUCUCACCUCGUGCCAGGAUUCGUCAUUGGAUGGGAUAUGAAUUACCUUUUGAUCGUCACGACUGGAUCGUCGACAGAUGCGGAAAGGACGUGAGAUACGUCAUUGACUAUUAUGACGGUGGAGCUGUGGACGCUAAAUAUAAAUUUGCACUGUUAGACGUGAGACCUGCAAUGGAUUCAUUCGAUAAUAUUUGGGAUAGGAUGAAGGUCGCCUACUGGAGAUGGAGAUUCAGUGCUGAGAUCCAACAGGAGCAGGAGAAAGCUUCUUAAUUCUGUUCAAGCAAACAGUUGGAUGUUGCAUGAAGUUUUUUUUAAUGAUUAUGAUAACGAAAUACGAAAAUGGAAUGGAAGAUGCUAGACAGGAAUUUCUACAUUUUUAAGAAUAAUGAAAUAUGAAAAGGCUAUAGCUGAUCAGACAAAUUCAUUACGUUAACUUAUUAUUUGUUCAUUAUUCAUAAAAAUAGAAAAAUUUGUGUCAAAUAUUAUUCAUUAAAUUUUUAUCCUCAAAAAAGAAAAAAAAAAUCAUGCAAAACCCAAAAUCUCUCAAGACUAGUUCAUUUGUUUUUUCUCGAGUUACUUUGGCUCUCGUUACUGUAAUUUAUCUGUUAAAAAAUGUAAAAAUACUGUCGAAAUGUUCUAAAAUGAAUUGGAGAUGAGAAAUUUGUAAGAGCAAAGAUGGUGACUUCGUUAAAAAUGAUUAAAAUGUGACGAAAAUACUUGAAUGAAAAAAUAAGACGAAUUGAAAAAUAUUAAAAUAGAAAUGUUCAUCAACUUGACAAUUAUUAUUAGCCAAUACACAGUAUUUAUUGAUAAUAAACAAUUUGAAAUUCGUGAACAACUAA